UUUCUACUUGUUCACUGAAUCACUACUUCGCGGGGUCAGCCAUCAACGCGUCAGCAGCAACUAGCAAGGCGCCAAGCGGCCCAGGACUCAGGCCAGCUCCAAGCGAACAGCCUACGUACGGCUCUAUACCUCUCGCCCUCUGAGUCUCGCGCGGGCUGCAGGCCAUCCGAGCUCCGGCUUCCGGCAUCCACCAGACGUCCUUAGAAUACGGUGCAGCGAGCAGCAAGUCGCCGAGCAGCCGAGCCACCGCCGAGCAGCCGAGCCGCCGCCGAGCGCCGAGUCUUCUAUGUUUGCUUCUCCGGUGAAAGGUGUUUGCUAGGGGACCAUGGAGGAGCACGGAGCGGAAGACCUCCUGUGCGAGGCGAUGGGAUCUGCGGCGCAGGUCGUGGUGGUAGAGGAUUGCGUGGAAGCACCGGGGGCCUUCGUCCUCCACCUCCUCCUCAAGCGCGCGCUCGCCGGCUGCGGCUCCGCUGCCUUCCUCGCCCUCGCGCAGCCCUUCUCCCAUUACGAUCGCGUCCUGCGCAAGAUGGGCUGUAACCUUUCCCUGCAUAGGAGGAAUGAGAGGCUUCAUUUCUUUGAAUUGCUAGGAUUCCCAGGUGGAGCAAGGGAAGGCACCAUUGCUGAUAGCUUUGCUCUAUUGUACAAUGAAAUUCAAAGACUGGUGGAGGCAAACAGGGCUGGAGAAAAUGAAGGCCAGUUCACCAUCGUUAUAGACGACGCUUCCCUGUUGGAAGUCGUGGCCCUUGGUUCUGUAAGCGAUGUGCUGGAUUUCUUGCACUAUUGUUUCACACUCACGUCUGAGAUGAAUUGCAAGCUAGUGAUCCUCAUUCACGAGGAUAUAUACGCAAAUGAGGAGAACAUGGGUCUCCUUUUACAUCUGCGCUACAUUGCGGAUCUUGUGAUUAAAGCAGCACCUUUAAGCACUGGUUUGGCUGCUGAUGUUCAUGGACAGCUGGCGGUUGUGAACAAGGGUACAUUCAGCGAGCAAAGGGCAAAAGCACAGAAAGUUUGGAACUUCCAUUUCAAAGUGAAAGAAAACGGUGCUGACUUCUUCUAUCCAGGGAGUAGACAUUAGGGAAUACUUGUAUACAGUAGAAACAACUCUGGUUGUGAUAACUGAUAACCAGUGCUGCUAUUCUUCGUGUACCUUGUGCUAAGCACAGUAAAGUUUUGUCCAAUCCUUCAUUUCACAAUUUUGUUUGUGUUCAAGUCAACAUAGCUUACAAAGUGUUCGCCACAGCCAAGUUCAUUGAGCUUGAUCUCGCACAAGAGACCUAUUUUGCA